AUGCAAGGCCAGGAUGUCAUUGACAGGAUCUAUGCAACCCAGGUCAACUACCGCAGCUCUCUUGCCGCGCUGACCUGGCUUUUGUAUGACAUUUUCUUGACAUUCGAGGACGAGGUCAAAUAUGUUUGGCCGAAACCCUGGUCAAUAAUAAAGGCCGUGUUCUACUUUAUCCGUUAUGUACCUCUCUUCGUUCAACUAUCCAUCCUCACCAUUGGGUCGCCCGAACUGACCCCAGGCUUCCACUUCACUCACCACGCAUGCUUCAUCUGGCAAGUCUAUCAAGUCACUGCGACCAUUACAAUAUUUGUGGCCGUCGACUACGUACUGAUUCUCAGAGUUUACGCGCUUUACCACAACAAUCCUUUGAUCCGGAAAAUUGUUCUCGUUGCAUUUGCGACAGAGGUGGUUUUGAUGGUUACUGGGCUGGUUCUGUCCCUCCCGACCAUCCAAUUCGAUGAGCUAUGCGUGGUUUCGCAUGCAUCAACCAUUUUAUUGCUCUACGUUGGUGCUACUUUACUCUUUCAAACAUUUCUGUUCAGCUUGACCCUGAUCAAAUUUGUGCGGGCGAUUCGCGAUGGAUGGGGAGACACUCCACUGGUAGUUCUUGUUAUGAGGGAUGGCAGCUGGGCUUUCGUACUUUUAUUUGCGGUGGUCGUCGGAACUGCGUCCCUGUACGAAGUGAAGAACCAUUAUUUUGCAGCUGUCCUAUUUUGCUGGCUGCUCUCAGUCUUUUCUUUCUGUGGUUAUCGUGUAUUGCUCAACUUGGACCGGUUGAGUGCUGCCCCUCGCAUGCCCACGCGACAAACCACAACAAAUCAGGCACCUUUCGAGUUUACGACCCAACUAGUCAGCGAAGACAGUCAACUUUCGCAGUUACACUCGUCCUACUACCCAAUUACCUCCGCCAGUUCACGCAGAUCAAGCGAACUUGCAUAA